UGGUCAAUACAAACACAAGUAUAUAUUAUUCACGCUGAAACUCGGGGAUCUAUAAAACGCCUUCUACUUCUCUGUUUCUUCAAGCAAUUUCUGUCUUUCUGUUCCCUUUCAAUCGCCCACCAUUUUCAUUCUUAUUCAUUCUACCCAUAACCUUGUUUUCUAAGUAAACCCCUCAACUACUUUCUCCACAUGACGUUCCAACAAUUUGUUUAAUUAAUUAAGCUUCUUAUAUACAAGCCAUUUCAUUCUGUUUCCAAGAGAACCCACUUCCCCUCUUCCAUUCUUUUGUCCAAGUUUUGGCUUUGAGAGGCAAAAUGAAGACGCUUUGUAUGUGGGUUCUUCUUGCUCUUCCCUUUUGUUUUGUCUGGAGCAUUGGUGCCGAGAAAAGUCCAAAAAUAGAGCGAAUUUCUGGAAGUGCUGGAGAUGUCCUGGAAGAUGAUCCUGUGGGGAGACUUAAAGUUUACAUUUAUGAACUCCCAAGCAAAUACAAUAAGAAACUUCUCCAGAAAGAUCCCAGAUGCGUCAUUCAUAUGUUUGCAGCAGAAAUUUUUAUGCAUAGAUUUCUAUUAUCCAGCCCUGUCAGGACCCUGAAUCCUGAGGAGGCUGAUUGGUUUUACACCCCAAUUUAUCCCACUUGUGAUCUUACACCCACUGGCUUGCCUUUGCCAUUCAAAUCUCCCAGGAUGAUGAGAAGUGCUAUACAGCUUAUCUCCAGCAAUUGGCCCUAUUGGAAUCGGACUGAAGGGGCUGAUCACUUCUUUGUUGUACCUCAUGACUUUGGGGCUUGCUUCCAUUAUCAGGAGGAGAAAGCAAUUGAAAGGGGAAUACUCCCAUUACUCCAGCGUGCUACUUUGGUCCAGACUUUUGGGCAACGCAACCAUGUGUGCUUGAAUGAGGGCUCUAUCACAAUUCCUCCAUAUGCCCCACCACAAAAAAUGGAGGCUCACCUUAUUCCUCCUGACACUCCACGCUCAAUCUUUGUCUACUUCCGCGGCUUGUUUUAUGAUGUUAAUAAUGAUCCAGAAGGAGGUUACUAUGCAAGAGGAGCAAGGGCAGCUGUGUGGGAAAACUUUAAGAACAAUCCCUUAUUUGACAUCUCUACUGAUCAUCCAACAACAUAUUACGAAGAUAUGCAGCGAGCCAUCUUCUGUUUGUGCCCCCUAGGGUGGGCACCUUGGAGUCCAAGACUAGUUGAGGCAGUAGUCUUCGGCUGCAUCCCUGUAAUCAUUGCAGAUGAUAUUGUUUUACCAUUUGCAGAUGCCAUUCCCUGGGAAGAAAUUGGAGUGUUUGUAGCAGAAGAAGAUGUGCCUAACUUGGACACAAUCCUCACGUCCAUACCAACAAAUACAAUUCUGAGGAAACAAAGGCUUCUUGCAAAUCCUUCGAUGAAACGUGCAAUGCUGUUCCCUCAACCGGCGCAAUCUGGUGAUGCUUUCCAUCAAAUCUUGAACGGUCUAGCGCGCAAGCUGCCACACGACAAGAGUAUUUACUUGAAGCCUGAUGAGAAGAUUUUGAAUUGGACUACAGGGCCAAUUGGAGACUUGAAACCUUGGUAAUAUAAUUGAAUUUUUUGGUCUUGUUAAGGCUUGUUUCAAGUGUUUAAACUUGUUUUGGUUUAGUUUGGAAUUGGAGAUGAUUGAAGUACAGAUAUGAAUACUUUGGACAGUUGUAUAGUUGAUAUGUUGCAGUGCUAUGUUUUCUUUUCAUUUCUGGCAUUUGCAAAAUAUCAGUUUAACUCAAAAUUUAUUCAGAGUCUCUUUUUUGUUUCUA